AUGGACGGGGACAUCUUCGGAUUCUUACCAAUGGGAAGCGCAUGGAAGAAAGAUGGAAUACGUGAUCCAACUGAUCCGUACAUCAAGGGAGUCUAUUCGGAUCGCCAAAGCGAGAUCAGGGAACGGAAGGAUUUCCUCGAACACGAGCCGGGCGCCUCAGAGUCCCCGCGACUCCACGCCCUACCUAUCGAACCUGUAGCCGUCGGAACGACCGGACAAGCUUCAUAA